AUGAGUGGAGUGCAAACUCAAACGGGACUCAGCAAAUUAAAGAAAAAACAUUUCAGAGUCAAACAUCAAAAAGUUAAAUUAUUUCGUGCCAAUGAACCAAUAUUGUCUGUUUUUAUGUGGGGUGUCAAUCAUACAAUAAACGAAUUAAGUCAUGUUACAAUACCAGUCAUGCUUUUACCUGAUGACUUUAGAGCAUUUUCAAAACUCAAAGUUGACAAUCAUUUAUUUAAUAAGGAAAAUAUGCCUUCUCAUUUCAAAGUGAAGGAAUAUUGUCCGUUAGUGUUCAGAAAUUUAAGGGAAAGAUUUUCAAUCGACGAUCAAGAAUAUAAAGAAUCCAUGACAAGGUCUCAACCGAAUUCAAUGGAUUCGCCGGGUAAAAGUGGAGCCAGAUUUUAUCAAAGUUACGAUCGAUUAUUUAUAUUGAAAACGAUGACAAGCGAAGAAGUCGAGAGAAUGCAUUCGUUUUUAAAACAUUAUCAUCCCUAUAUUGUCGAAAGGCAUGGGAAAACAUUAUUGCCACAAUAUUUGGGAAUGUACAGACUGACGGUGGACGGUGUCGAACAUUAUUUAGUUGCUAUGAGAAACGUUUUUAGUAAUCAUCUUGCUAUCCACAGAAAAUUUGAUUUAAAAGGCUCAACUGUUGAUCGUGAGGCAUCGGAAAAAGAGAAAGAAAAAGACUUACCCACAUUGAAAGACAACGAUUUCGUUAAGGAAGGACUGAAAAUACAUAUCGGGGAUUCGGCAAAGGAAAAAUUACUCGAAACUCUAACGGCUGACGUCGGGUUUCUGAGCAAGUUACAUCUCAUGGAUUAUUCUCUUCUUUUGGGAAUCCACGACGUACUUCGGGGAGAACUUGAAACAAAGGAAAGAUUGGAAAGGGAAGAAGAUGAAAAUGAUGAUAAUGAUGAAGAUGACGAUUCCGGGAGCGGGUACGGUUACAACAGGAUAACUCCCCCCGAUUCUCCGGGUCAAAUGUUUUACGAAGGAAUAAUACCGGAGAUUGAUAUAUAUGCCGUACCUAGUUCAGAGGUGAAAGAAAUUUAUUUUCUAGCUUUAAUAGACGUUUUGACUCAUUACGGUGUGAAAAAACAAGCUGCCAAAGCCGCGAAAACCGUCAAAUACGGUUCGAACGUCGAUGGAAUAUCGACAUGCGAUCCAGAACAAUACGGGAAAAGAUUUAUCGAUUUCAUAUCGAAAGCUAUCGAAUAA